UGAGGCUCUGGGUGCACUUUGUCUCCAGGGGUUCAACCGCUAGACGGGACAAGGAGGCCAAGGCUCGAGAGAGAGAAGAGAGAUUUGCAGUGUGUCUGGAGCAAUGGCCUACCAACAGAAACUGGCUGAAAAACUCACCAUCCUCAAUGAGAGAGGAAACGGGGUAUUGAUACGUAUGAACUACAUAAAAAAGACCUGUGGGGACCCAAAGCAGCGGCCGGCAAUCCUCACUGACAAAAACAUGGAGUCUGCCAUGAAGUACAUCAACAAGAAAUUUCCCAACAUUGACUUUAGAGGGAAUAUUCAAAAUCUGACCGGCAUCCAGCGACAGAAAUCUGAAGUGCUGUCAGCCACAUCAAGCUACUAUGAUUCUUUUCUGGAUGUUAUUGAGUUCAGGGACCAUGUUUAUGAGUUGCUGAACACCAUAGAUGCCUGCCAGUGUUUCUUUAAUAUUGCAAUCAACUUUGAUUUCACCAAGAAGUACCUGGAUCUGAUCAUCACCUACACUGCCGUUAUCAUUAUUCUCUCUCGCAUUGAUGACAAGAAGACUCUGGUGGGAAUGUACAACUGUGCCCAUGAGAUGACGAAUGGGUGCAGCGACCCUUCCUAUCCACGACUCGGCCAGAUGUUUCUGGAGUAUGAGAAUCCCUGGAAGAAGCUCACUGAGGAGUUUGGGCCUCACACAAGGUCUGUGACAGCAGCGUUGCUGUCUUUGAGAAUGGUUUACCCGCGCAGGAACCUGCCAGCGGAGCAGUGGCGGAGUGCCCAGCUCCUCAGCCUGCUGAGUGCCCCAGCUGCCAUGUUGGACCCAGCCUGUUGUGAUACUAUGGCAUGUGAAUACCUGUCUAUGGAGGUGAUGGAGAGAUGGAUCAUUAUUGGAUUCCUAUUGUGCCACAGCAGCCUGAAUACCAACGAGGCCUCCCAAGGGCUGUGGAAGAUGGCUCUGAGGAGUGGCCUCAACCUCACCCUCAUCAGAGAUGAAGUGCUCAACAUUCACAAAGUCUCAGAGGACCUCUUUGACAGCAUCAAAGGAUAUAGCAAGCGAAUCGCAGACAUCAAAGAAUGCCGUGAGCAUGUUAUACUCAACUGUGGAGCUGUGCACAGAGAGAGGAGGCACUUUCUGAGAGGAGCAAUCAAAGAAUUAAUAAACGUUCUGGAGGAUGAACCUGGACUCCUGGGACCAAAGGCCCUGUUUGUCUUCAUGGCUCUGUCGUUUUCCCGUGACGAGGUUCUGUGGCUCGUCAGACACUCUGAAAACAUGCCGAAGAUCAAGACGCCUGAAGACUACAUUGACAAUCAGAUGGCAGAGUUGCUGUUCUACAUGGAGAAGUUGAGGGGUCUCUUGAGAAAGUAUAAUCACGUAAUACAGCGCUACUACGUUCAGUACCUGGCACAGUUUGAUGCCUUGGCUCUCAAUGACACCAUGCAGAACAUGUGCGUGUGCCCAGAGGAGGAAUCAGUCCUGAUGACUUCAUUUGUUUCAACGUUGUCUGCUCUCUCAAUCAAACAAGUGGACAACAAAGAGGAGUUCGAUUUUGGAGCACUUAGACUGGACUGGUUCAGACUGCAGGCUUACACAAGCGUGAACAAGGCUCCUCUUUCCUUAAUGGAAUACCCUGACUUAGCAAAGGUGGUGAACAUGAUCCAGUUUCACACCAAGAUAGUGGACAGUGUGGAAGAACUGUUGCUGGAGACAUCUGAGUUGUCCAUAUUCUGUUUUUACCCACGUGUCUUUGAGAAGAUGUUUAACCAAAGCAGUGAGGAGAUGAAACGCUACCUCAUGUCCUUCCCUUCUGUCUGUUCCCACUUCAGCCAAUGUGGAAACGCUCUCUGCCCAGAAGAGACACAGGCAAUGGAGAAGAAGAGUCUGCAACUCUGUGUGACCUUCCUGGAGCAGAUAGCCCAGCAGACCAGCAAUGUGGUGUUGGAGCUGUGUGCUGAGCAGUACAAUCUCAAUGAGAAGUUGCUGCCCAAACAUUGUGCUGAGUCCAUCAGUGCCGCACGCUAUAGAAAGCAAAAGAAACCAAUGCCAAAAAAAGGAGAGGUCCAGAAAGAGAAACCUGGUGCUGAAAGCCUGAGGAAAGAUCGGACCAUUGCCACCAAUGUUGACAAGAUGCAUCUGAUGCUGACAGAGCUCUGCUCCUCCUACAGUCUCUUCAAUGACUUUAUCGUCUUCGAUCACAUCGUCGUCCCGACAGAAUUCCUCCUUUCUCAUCUGGAGUCACGCCUCUCCGAUAUCAUCGUGAGAAUGGCCAAUUACAACCAGACCACCCAGGAGAUAGCCCGUCCGUCAGACCUCCUGGCAGGAAUAAGAGCCUAUACAACCACCCUGCACAGUUUCUCCAGCUACCUCAAUGUGGACAUCACCCGGCUGGUGAAGAAUGUCCUGCUGCAGCAGACACAGCCAAUGGACGCUCGUGGAGCACAGACCGUCACAACCCUGUACACAAACUGGUACUUGGAGAGUCUCUUGCGUCAAGCCAGCAGCUCCCUCAUUGUCCACUGUCCUUUGAUGCACUGCUUCCUCAAUCAGACCUCUGAGAAUGACCCAGGUUUCAAAGCAGAAGAGUUCUCCGAUAUAUCAGAGCUACAGGCCCUGGCGGAACUGAUUGGUCCAUACGGUCUGAAGUUUCUCAGUGAGAACCUGAUGUGGCACAUCACCUCUCAAAUCAGGGAGAUGAAGAAAAUGGUGAUUGAGAACAUGGACGUCCUGGUACAGAUGAGAAGCAGCUUUGAUAAGCCAGAGGAAAUGUCCAAUCUUAAAAAGAGACUGACAGGUGGAGAAAAUGUGCUGAAGAGGAUGACCAUCAUCGGUGUGAUCCUGUCCUUCAAAUCAAUGGCUCAGAACUGUCUGAAACACGUCCUACGUAAGCAUUGCCCAUUUCUGAUGGGACCCAUCAAGUGCCUGAGAGAUUUCAUUUCCCCUGAGAACGACACCAAGGUGACACUGAGUGUUUUUGAGCUGGCAUCUGCUGCGGGGCUGAAAUGUGCCAUUGAUCCUGCCCUUGUUGCAGCCAUUAGCAACAUGAAGACAGACAACACGUCCAUCGAUGAAGAGUACAAGCUGUCCUGUUUACUGCUCGUCUACAUCGCCGUGUCCCUGCCCACCCUGUCCCUGGACAACAACUCGUCCUACAGCCGAGAGCAUGGAGGCCACAACAACAACAUUCACUGUUUAGCUGCAGCUAUCAACCACCUGACUGCUGCCAUGUUCACUGUUCAGAGCAAGAACAUAGAGCAGCACCUCAAAGAGUUUCUCUUGAUGGCCUCAUCAACUCUGCUUCAGCUGGGACAAAAUAUAGACAGAGUGGAGGUCAAAAACCGAGAAUCCAUCUACCUGCUCCUCCACAUGAUCGUGGACUCGUCUCCAUUCCUGAGCCAGGACAUGUUGGAGAGCUGCUUCCCAUACGUUCUGCUCCGAAAUGCCUACAGAGAGGUGUACAGGUCCUUCAUCGUCACUCUGGGCUAAGAGUUGAAACAUAUUUUAAUUUAGCCUUUAUGAAUUCAAGUAUGCAUUCAUCUAAUUGCUAUAUUUCAACAUCUUCACGCCAGGUUAAAGUCUGUCUUAUUAUCAAGUAAGUAUUACAGUGCUGAUUUGUAACAACUGAUCAAACAUCAUAUCAUCAUAUAUUCUUUAACAUCCCUUUCACAUUUUAUGUACCAGCAACAUAAUGACACAAAUUAUUUUCUAUUACAACCACAUUUAUUCAGAUUUUAAAAGAGAUUAUUCUAAUAGUUGAUGUGUAAUGUUAUGUUUUCACAAUCCUUCCACUAAUAAAUAUGCUAAUUAUAA